CACACUCAAUAUGGCCAGAGACUGCUUUAUCCAGACACAGGUGUAUCCGUCUGUUGCUGACGUAGGGAAAUCGGGGGGACUAUGUGGUCUCUUGGAUGGGAAUAUUCAGAAUGAUUUGACUAGAAGAUCUGGAAUAGUUGACAAUCCAAACAGUUUCAACUAUCGUACUCCUCCGGAUGCAUUCUCUAUAUCCUGAAGAGCUAGUUCAACAGAAGAUCUGUUUGCUCCUUCCAUGGAUUUCGGGUCAUUGAAAUCUUUAUCGCUGACAAAAGUAAAAUUCUGUGCAUGUAACAAGGGUGUAACUGAGUGCAGCUAUCAACAAUUCACAGACUGUAGCGAUAUCACGCGGGGAAAGGAGUAUGAAUGUAUUCUUCACAGUAGCACUAGCAGACGCAAGCGUCAUGCAAUAUACAUGCAAUCUUUCUCUCCGGAUCCCAUUGAACUUACUCUUUCAAACAGAGUUAAACGACAAGCUUAUGAUAUAACUGAGAACGCAACAACUACAUGCAAAGCGGCAUUCGAAGCGUCCUUUGCAUCCAAAACCUGUCAAGAUAAUGUCGCAGAUUUUUCGAGUGACUCCUUGAAGGAUUGUAUCUUGGAUGUGUCGUUAACAGGAGAUCCUUCCUUAGUAAUAUUCCACAUAGAAAGCGCCAUCGACCAAUGUAAAGCCUUCAUCAACCUCAACCAAACGCUUCAACAGGCGAAACCAGAAGUAGCAAGGGAAAUAACUAGCAUAUGUCAGAAUAACUGCAGCAAUCAGGGAACGUGCAAAAAUG